CCAGCCCCCACCCGGACAGUCUUGGCUUUUUUGUGGAAUUUCAUCAGAGCAGCAUUAGUAAGACAGCAACGAGCACAAGCUAAUUUGUUUGGCGUUAUAAUUUGUGUGAUUGAAAGAUUGAUUUAAAGUUUUCAUCAAAGUGGUGGUGUUUUCCCUACCACAACUUUUUGUUAAAUUAGUGCAGUGUCUAAAAGAAAAUGCAAGCCAUCAAAUGUGUAGUGGUCGGCGAUGGUGCUGUAGGUAAAACUUGCUUGCUCAUCAGUUAUACCACCAAUGCCUUUCCUGGAGAAUACAUCCCUACAGUGUUCGACAACUACUCUGCAAAUGUGAUGGUAGAUGGAAAACCCAUCAAUCUAGGACUUUGGGAUACAGCAGGUCAGGAAGAUUAUGACAGGUUAAGACCCUUGUCAUACCCUCAGACGGAUGUUUUCCUCAUUUGUUUUUCACUGGUCAACCCUGCCUCAUUUGAGAACGUCCGUGCCAAAUGGUACCCUGAAGUGCGUCACCAUUGUCCGAAUACGCCGAUUAUAUUAGUAGGAACCAAGCUCGAUUUGCGUGAUGAUAAAGAUACUGUAGAGAAGUUAAAAGAGAAGAAAUUGUCUCCAAUCACUUAUCCCCAGGGUCUUGCAAUGGCGAAAGAAGUCGGUGCUGUCAAAUAUCUUGAAUGCAGUGCUCUGACCCAGAAGGGUUUGAAGACAGUCUUUGAUGAAGCAAUAAGGGCCGUCCUUUGCCCUGUUCCCAAACCAAAAAAAGGGUCCAAAUGCGGCUUUUUGUGAAGACCAAAACGUUUUCCUUUCAUCUGUUCUGUUUACUUUUUUUUUUAUUUUUUUCCCCUUUCUGGCCAAAUUCAUGUCAUCAAAUCCUUUUGAGUUCAAUUUCGUAAUCUUUUUCUUCGUUACACUCCUGGUUGCGAAUUCUUCUUGUACAAUUUGCGAGUUGUUAAAGGUGAAUUAACCCCCCCCCCCCCUAAAAAAUUGUCGAGGUGCGCGCACAACGCUGAAUUGAAAUUACGUUCCAGGGCUUUCUAUCUCUUAACUUUAGUGCCGACUCGAGACUUUCGACCUGCGUUUGCCAUUGUUAAUUCUUAGCUUACAUCAAUUUCAACAUUUUCUUCUUUCAUAUUUCACCAUCAUUUUUCAUCACCUUUAUUUUUUUUCCAAACUUGUAGGAACUGAUUUGAAUACCAUCAUAGAUGUAAUGCUGAAACAUCAACAAAAAAAAAAAAUAAAAUAACAAAGAACUGU